AUGCAAGAAAAGGAGCUGAAGGAAAGUGAAGAUGCUUCUGGAACUUGGGUCUUGUGGAUUGGGUCUGUUGUUAAUGGGCUUAGUGCUUCAAAUUCUAUCCAAUUCCAUGCCCAAAACGAGGUUCCAGUUUCUUCAGUUUCUGUUCGGACGCACACCACGAGACAACCUCCAAUUGUUUGCAUGGGAUGUGAAAGCGAUUUUGAUUUGAUUUCUGGUCUUGAUGUUGGAGGAGAAGUUGAUCCUAAUGUGGAAAAUGAAGACACGUUGGGUUCAGAUAAUAUGGAUGGUUUUCUAUCCGACUUAGCAAAUGCUAUUCCUGGAAUUGAUGAAGCUAUGAGUUUUGCAGAAAUGUUGAAUUGCUGCUCAACCGUGGCUGCAAAGAAAUCUAUGUCGUCGGAGAAGGAGAAACACUUCACAGCAUAA